GCAAAAUUCAAUACCAUUUUUCUGGGUUGAUCAGAUUGUAGGUGCAGUUCAAUAAAUUGAAGUUACAGGAGAUUCAAAGUUGUUGAUUUGAUCAUCACCUGAGUUCAAACCGAAUUCGUAAAUGGAAUCACUUGCUGUAAAGCAUUUGAUUUGUAAUUAUACGACUUAUGGUAUGGUGAUGCCGGUUAGGAAUCCUCCAACUUCUACCCGUGUCGCUAAGAUUGGGGAUCAAAAUCGGGGUAUGAGUUUUGUUCUUCAUUCGAAGAAAUCAAAAUUUCAAGAUUUUCAGGGUUAUGCAAGACCUGCUCGCCUUUUGCCAGCCUAUGAAGUGAAACCAACCACAGAUUCUUCACUGGAGAAGCUAGUCACAUCUUUUAAAGAAGACAGACUUGAGUGUUUAUACAAGCUCACGAUUCAAACGAGUAAUUACUAUGGAUCUGGUCUGACUGACCCGAAUUCUGGAAUAUUGCUUUGUUUGGUAGACGAAAACGGUGAUUCAAUCUUACAAAGGAUAGCAGCAACCUUAAAUACAGGCCAUCCUCUGCAAUCAAAAGACAAGGAUGCUUCCGAUAUACUCCACUUUAGAAGGGGAUCUCUUGAUCAUUUCACAUUUGAAGGACCUACAAUUGGAAAGCUUGAAGCUCUUUGGAUUGGCCUUGAAUCAGGUCAGUGGAGACCAGCAGGUGUGAGCGUUAUUUCUUGGUCACGAUCUUCUUUAAAAGAAAAUGACAGUCAUCCGUAUGGUAUUUUCCAGUAUGAUUUCAUGGCUGAUGACAUUCUUCUAGGAGAGGGAAACGAUAUUUCCAUGGUGGAACUUAGACCAGACAUUGUGACCAAGCUUUCUGGGGACAACUUGACCUUAAAUCAAAACAUUUCCCCGGCAUCUUCACUCUGGAGCACGAGCAACUUAUCUAACGAAGAAAGCAUGAAAGAGUAUGCAGAUUUGAAGUUCUCAUUGUUGCUUUAUGAUGCACUCCUUAUCGUUGCUGGAUCAACAAUUGCAUCAUUCUCUGCUGGUGAAAAUGCUGCAUUUGCUUUCUUGACGGGUGGAAUUGGUGGUUUUCUUUAUCUUUUACUGUUGCAGAGAUCCGUUGAUGAACUGCCAUCUCCGGUGCUGGACAGGACCGGUGGUCUUGAUCAAAUGUUUGGACGGUUCAAGGGUCAGGUGACGACUCUGAUUUUGGCACUUGCAUUUGCUGUUAUUGUGGUUAAACUUGGUUCUGGAGAUCAGUCACUGGUUUUGACACCUAAAGAUAUUGUUGUUGGGAUGAUGGGGUUUCUGUCAUCCAAAGUGGCGGUUGUCUUGGCCGCCUUUAAACCGUUGCCGGUGGGCGCAAAGGAUAGCAGGUAGGACUGAUUAGCAAGAAAGUAGUUAGUCUGUGUAUAUAUACACAAAACAGAUGUAUAAACUACAUUUCAGCAAGGCAUAUAUUGUGAUAGAUUGAUAAAUAAUAACUUCACAAACGCUAAAACAGUCGUUCUAUCAUUUAGGGCAGAUGUCAGGUUUGCUUACAUCUUACCCCCAGACUCCACCUUGAAGUGAGAUAUAUUGGGUUAUGCU